AUGCAUUCCCAUUAUUCUUCAUCGGCCCUGCCAGCCUCCCCUUCCGCCCCCAGGUACGCCCAUUUGGCCAAGCGCUUCUACAACCUGGAGCUCCGCAGCGACGACGUGCUGGUGGCGGCCUACCCGAAGAGCGGGACGGUGUGGGUCGCGGAGGUGGUGUGGGCGCUCCUCAAUCCGCACGCCCUUGACACCCUGGAGGCGAAACCGCACCAUCAUAGAGCCACUUUGCUCGACAUGGACUUCCUACACCCCACGCGAGCUGAGGACAAUAGUCCACUCCUGCAAAGGUUUCUCUCGGAGUGUCCUGGAGGGCGCCUGGAGGACGGCAUGACCCUCCAGCUGGCCGCAGUGGCUCCGUCCCCCAGGAUCCUGAAGACACACCUUCCCAUCAAUCUUCUUAACCCCGACAUGUUGAACAUCUGCAAGGUUGUGUACGUCGCCCGCAACCCGAGGGACGUGUGCGUGUCCCUCUACCGCUUCCUCGGGAUGAUGAAGGGCGUGACAGUCCCCGUGGAGUUCAAGGACUUCGCCGAGAGCUUCAUGAGUUCGUCCCUGCACUACGGGCCGUACUGGGACCAUCUGGAGCAGGCGUGGCGCCGCAGAGAACACCCGAACCUCCACGUGGUCUUCUACGAGGACAUGAAGAAGGACGUGUUGCAGGAACUCAAGAAACUGAGUUCCUUUCUGGGUCGUAGCCUCACGGAUGACCAGCUCAGAAGCAUAGUCGAGUACACCAGCUUCGGCCGCAUGAAGGCGCGGGACGCAAAGUUCCCGGUAGUGGACCUCAACGGCAGCUUCUUCCGCAAAGGAGAGAUUGGCGACUGGAAGAACAUGGCGUCCCCUCAGCUGGAUGCCCUCAUGGACGGCUGGAUCAAGGAGAAAUCUCGGGGCAUUGACAUAACUUUCAAAUACGAAUGA